CGCCCCGCCGCCGCGGCCAAUCUCGCGACAGGGCCAUGCUGGGCGGGGGCCUCAGCUCGGCUCCCAGCCGCCACCUGCUCACCCGCUGUCCGCUGCUCCCGCUGACCCCUCUGCCCGAGCCUCAGACCGGGACGCCGCAGCCGCCACGGGCCAGGCGCGCCCAGAAGCCCCUCCCGUCCUCGGUGGAGUUGCGGGGACAGGAACUUGUCGGAAGGCCGGGGCCGAGGACCUGACCAAGGCUGCCGGGCAGGGUCGGGGGAACGAGAGAGGUGGGAGUGAAACCCGGGGAAGACGGCCUGCCUGCCAGAUCUGUAUCUCCGCGCUCCUCCCCUGGUACAGGCACGCACACAUCCAUCCCUCAAGUGGACUCAUCCUUAACAUCUUCAGGACAACAGACAUGGUAAGGCAUUACUAAACUCUGAAGAGAGAACAACCCAGAGCAAGACGCAGCCCGUACUCUCAGGAGAACGACAGCCACCCCAGCAUCUCACUUUCAUCAGCACUGUUGAAAGAAGAAGAAAAAAUGCCAGUGCUAUCUCCUGAAAUCAAAUUUGAGGCUUCUAAUGUUGCCAGAAAUUCCCUUGACAGGUGUUUUCUUUCUGAGAGUAGUUGGAGGAAAGCUGUUUUAGAAACACAAAAGAUGAAGAAAGAAUAUACCACAGCAUUUGGUCUAGAAGAAUUCAAAGAAUGUGUCAAAAUGCCAUAUUUACAAGGAUUGCAAAGUUGCCAGAAAAGUGUAAGAUCAGCUCCACUAGAGGUUCAUAGAAGACUGCUGAGAGCUGAUACCCAGAUGCCUCCCAUCAGAAUAAAGAAGACCAAGGAGAUCUUUACUGUGGUACCACUAAAGGAGAAAUCAAAAGGCUCUGGCUUCAGCGAUUCUCUCACUGGGGCAUCAUCUCAAUAUUUACAGAGACUUUCCAAAAUGGCCAUACUGGAAUAUGACACCAUUCGUCAAGAAACAACCAGAAAAUCAAAGAAGGGCAAGAAACGAGAGCUACAAGACUGCUUAUAAGCAUCAUAUGGUGGGAUGCCUUCUUCACUUUUAAGGUGUAGUUCUCUGAACCUCUCGCAGAGGAUGGGUUAUGUCCAGUCCUGGCUCCUGAUCUUUCAGAGAGGUCCUCAGACAAAGAAGUUUCUGGAACAAGAAAAAGACUUGCAAUUCAACCUUUCUCCUUCAGUGAUCACAAAGAAAGGUAGAGCACAAUAAUCAUGACAGGAUGGCUUAAUUUUAAAUUAUGAAAAGAAAUAGUGAAAAAUAAAUAUAAAAAUGUAAUUCAAUUUCUAUGGAGAGAAGAAAAUUAGCAACAAUUUCCCACUCUGACCCCUUGUAUGUUAAUGGGCUCUAUACUGUCCAAGAAAUCACAGGGCUUCUCAUUAUUUUGAAAAAGGAAUUUGUUAUUAGCAUAUCAAUGUAUGUUCUUAACCAUUUUGUGGAUUUUAUUUUUCAAUACCCCUCUUUCAUGUUCUGGAGGUUUUCUGGGACAAGGUCUCUCCAUCGUGCAGGAUUACACAUAGCUAAAUUCAUUUUACAUUGGAUGACAAAUUGCAUUUGAAUUUGCAGGGUUGAAAGGUCAAGGCUGUUCUCUAUUAGUCAGCCAGCCUCCCUCAAAGUAUCUAAGUCGUGAGAAUAUGUUGGAAACCCCUCCCUACCAUGGCCUGCUCAAAUCCUCAUGAAUACCAGAUUCUUCACUGACUUGGAUUCCUAAUUACUGACUCCACCCAAAGGAAAGCAUCAGGUCAGGGGAUUGAUAAAAUAAACCACAUCAUGCCCAGCAGCACAUUAUUCACCCUGGGCAGUCCACAGUCAAUGAUAACCCAGAUUUUGAAGAUCCGUGUCUUGAACCCUAAAUAAGAGAUGUGUCUUGAGGGCUCUGCUCCAACCUGUCAACCAGAAAACACUAUGUGAGAAUCAGCUCCUUUGCCAGAGAUAUGACAAGAAUUGUCAGGAGGGGAACAAAAACAUAGUUCCAUACUUCUAAACACUAAGUAACAAAGAAUUUAGAAGUUGCCAGUUGUAAAAUGGAUUAAAAACAAUGUUUUUAAUCCAAGUAGCCCACAGGCCCACCAGCCUUGAGCACAUACUUUGACCUAGUGGAGGUUUAGCCGUGCUAAAUUUACACUAAUCUGAUUAAAAAUGACUGACCCCAGGAUGGUUGGCUCUCUUAUGAGUAUUCUGUUCAUGUGUGUUCAUGUGCUACAUACAAAUGUCAUGCUGUACACCUACAAACACAUGUAGGAGAAUACCCACAUCAAGUCAGACUCUGCUAAUUUUAAGUUUUGUGCCCCUCACGCAGUUACUAGUCUGAAUUUAAUGUUGUACUAUCUAUAAUAAAAUGAGUUUUCAUAGACCUUUAGUAGUGUAAAGGAGAUUGUAAGUAAAAUACUCAGGAAAACAUUAUUUCCAAGUACUUACAAGCUCUAGCUGACAUACAAACAACAGAAAUGCUAAUUCAAGUCAUUUUUACCCAGCCAUUUAAGGAGGUCCCUUCAAAACCUUUACUGGGAACAAAUUAUAUUAAGAUCUGUUUCUUCAGCUAAUUAUUUACCACCUUCUUUUCCCUAGCCUAUGGUAUUGAGUGCCCUAAAUUAAAUAGAUUC